AUGGAGGAUGAAAGAGUUACCCCCGGCAAACCGGUCUUUUGCGCGCCUGGAACAUCUCCAGCGCCAUCUCCGCACCCGUUGAGUAACCCUGAAGCCCUUCCCGGCCGCCCGCUGCCCUUCCCACACACCUCAGCCGUAUUAUUAACGCCGUCGCGAUUAGAUACCAAGGAGAAGCCCUUCUCAUGUGAUAUCUGCUCCAAAUCGUUCGCGAGGAGUGAUCUGCUCGUACGACACGAGCGGCUAGUCCAUCCAGCAGAGACUGCAGCCAAUCGAGAACAUCGUGCCCACAGCAGCCACGAUGCCCCCCAGGCACCCCCUUCUAUAAUACAUCCCCCCCAUCAUGAGUCCCGUAUGCUAGAGCUUGCCGACGCCAUCCCAGUGCAGACCCAGCCCGUUCCGCCGCCUCCGCCCGAGGUCCAGGUGCAGCCUCCUCCCAUCGUGGAAACGACCCAUUUCAACCCUUCAUGGGGGUAUGACCUGAACCUCCUCUCUCACGCUGCGAGCCAUGUGGCCCUUGAGGGUGAGCAGGAAAGCCUUGAAUCGAUCCGCAAGUCCUCACAAAACGUGGCCCCCGCGCAGCCGCUUGCUCAUGUCCCGGAAAGAGCGAUAACCGAUAACUAUGGCGUUGAACCUUCCAUCCUGGAUCUUGCUGACUUAGGAGACCCUGUUCAAGACUUCACCGUCUUUCUGGAGAGCGUUGGACUCUCUUCUGAUUGGGAUUCAGGCGUUUUCUCCACCGUCGAAGACCCGAUGCUCCCGACCACGCUCCCAAUGGAUUCGAAGCCACCCGUCCGUGAAAUGGGAAGGCUCGGGCCUGACCUCUUGAGUGACCCACGAAGUGCUGCCGAUGAGGCACCGUCGUUCUCCAAUUUUGGUUCACGCCUACCGUCUCUGCAGCCAGAACCUCAUGAUGUGGACGAUCGCCUCGGGUUCGCUGAUGAGGGUCCUCGCCCGGCCUGGGAUAUAUCGAAUACGGACCGCCAGGUCUUCUUAUCGAAACUCGAUGAGUUUGCUUACGUCCUCCCUAAAAACUUUGUUCCACCGUCGAGACACGCACUGUCUCGUUUUUUUGCCGGCUACAUCAACGGUCUAAACGAGCAUCUCCCCUUCAUUCAUGUCCCCACGCUCUCUGUUGCGAAAUGCUCACCCGAGCUCACACUUGCGCUAGCAGCAGCAGGGUCUCACUAUCGAUUUGAGAAUAAUCGAGGGAUCGAACUUUUCCAUGCGGCUAAGUCGAUCCUGCUUCAACGCCUCCACCGGAGAGACAGUAAGCAAGUGCCUUGUCCUUCAUGGAACUUUCUGUCUCCAGCAUCGGGCUUUCACAACUCUCGCGGAUCAUCCGCGACUUCAAACCAUGCUGGUAGCCCAUUCCAACAGCAACAUCAUCCCACUUUGUACUCUACGGAUUCCUCCGGGUAUGCUCCAGAAGAUUCGGAUGCUCACAUGGAAGUGAUUCGAACCUUUCUUUUGCUUACGGUCUUUGCUUCCUGGGAAAGACAUCCUGAAUUAUUACGCGAGAUUCUAUCACUUCAGAGCACGCUGGCGAGGCUCGUGAGAGAACAUGGUCUCGCAGAACCACCCCCCAGCUCUGAUCCGGGCAAUUGGGAAGAGUGGAUCCGAAGAGAAGGCAACAGACGCACAAAAUUUAUUGUUUAUUGCUUCUUCAAUCUUCAUUCCAUCAUGUACAACAUCCCACCUCUGGUUCUCAAUGCCGAAUUAAAGCUGAACAUGCCAUGUUCACACGAUAUCUGGAAGGCCACAAAUGCGGCCCAGUGGCGACGUGCUGUUCGCACAAGGCAUGGUUCAGAAGUUUCCUUCCAGGAGGCUUUUGCCAAGCUUUUCCUCAAAUCCAGCAUAUCGAAUUCUUCAGCGCCGAUAUCACCCCUUGGGAACUAUAUCCUGAUACAUGCCAUCAUUCAGCAGAUUUUCUUCGCGCGCCAGCUCUGUCUUUCUGCCCCAAGUAUGCACAGUACCAGCUUGCGACAUGAAGACCUGUCCGUCUUGGAUAACUCUCUAAGUGCCUGGAAAGCGUUGUGGAAACGCACUCCUGAAUCUAGCAUUGAUCCUCAAAAUCCGGCGGGUCCAAUUGCAUUCACGUCCACUGCUCUUCUUGGUCUCGCCUAUAUCAGGUUGCACGUGGAUUUGGGACCUUGCCGUCGACUUAUCACUCAAGAUCCAAUACAAAUUGCAAGGGCUCUGGGUGAUUCGCCCCCUGUAGCACGAAGCCCUCGUCUGAUCAUGGCCCUCCUUCAUUCGGCUCAUGCACUCUCAAUCCCGGUACGCCUCGGGAUUGACUUCGUGGCGAGGACCCAUUCGUUCUUCUGGAGCAUACAGCAUUCGUUGUGCAGCUUGGAGUGCGCAUUUCUCUUGAGCCGUUGGUUGCUAGCUAUCCCGAUAACCCAGGCUGAGCAAAGGCUAUCAGAGCACGAAAGGAAAUUGCUUCUAUGGAUCAAGAGUAUGAUGGAUGAAACCGACAUGGCCGUCGAUCCACCAGGUGCACCCGACCUAGAUUUCAUAGCGAAUCCCUACAAAGCGAAGCAGCUGAGCGUCGCUAUUGUGCGCGUUUGGGCGAGAACAUUCAAGGGAAAUACAAGCUGGGCAAUCGUGGAUCUGGUUGGCUCCAGCUUGGAUGCCUAUGCUGACCUUUUGGAGACUCAUUUCUAG